GUCCAUUACAAUCCCAUGGCUUCCAAGAGAUUAGCUGUCCUUGCUCUUGCAUUGCUCGCCUUCAAUUUGCAAGCCACCCUUGGGGAAAUAACAUGUGAACACCUUGACCAGGACACCUGCGCCUACGCCGUGGCAUCCACGGGCAAGCGCUGUGUGCUAGAGAAGCACGUCAAGAGGAGCGGAGAAGAAGAAUACACUUGCCGCACGUCUAAAAUCGAAGCCGAUAAGAUCAGGAACUGGAUCGAGACCGACCAGUGCGUUAAAGCCUGCGGCAUCGACCGGAAUUCAUUCGGCAUAUCGUCAGAUUCGCUCCUCGAGUCUCGCUUCACGGAAAUGCUUUGCUCCCCUCAAUGCUACAACGGCUGCCCCAACGUCGUCGAUCUUUACUUCAACCUCGCCGCUGGAGAAGGUGUUUUUCUUCCGAAACUAUGCGAGGCACAACAAGGAAAUGUGCGCAGAGGAAUGUCAGAGAUCCGAAGCUCGGGUUUGGUUGCACCGGGACCCGUUGGCGGUGUGGAGUUCAUGGGAGUUGCCCCAGCAUUUCCGCCGUACUAAAA